AUGGAUCACUUGCUUGCCUCUUCCUCUUCCUCUUCCUCUUCUUCUUCCAGUGUCUUAGUAACCCAUCAUGAUGUUUUCCUGAGUUUCAGAGGAGAAGAUACUCGCAAAAAUUUCAUUGGCCAUCUUUACAAAACUUUGCAGCAAAAGGGAAUUCAGACUUUCAUUGACAACAAGGAGUUGAGGAGGGGAGAAGAAAUUUCGCCUUCACUUAUUAAGGCAAUUAGAGGGUCAAAGAUAUCCAUCAUCUUCUUCUCCAAAAACUAUGCAUCUUCUUCAUGGUGUUUGGAUGAACUGGUUGAGAUCCUUCAUUGUCGAGAAUCACUUCAACAAUUGGUUUGGCCACUCUUUUUUGACGUGGAUCCUUCUGUUGUAAGAAAUCACAAAGGCAGUUUUGGAGAAGCAUUAGCUCAAUAUGAAGAAAGUUGCAACAAAAAGAAGGAAAAGCUACCAAACUGGAAGCUUGCUCUGAACCAAGCUUCCAAUUUAUCUGGAUGGCAUUUAGCCGAUGGAUUUGCCAAAUAUCCAGUUGGAAUUGAGGACCUUUUAGAGGAGUUGAAACCAUCAAUAGAUGUUGCAAACAAAUAUGGAAGGUUCAUAGGGGUGUAUGGAAUGGGUCAUAUUGGAAAGACCACCAUCGCUAAAGGUGUUUACAAUUACUUUGCUGAUAAAUUUGAAGGUUCUAGCUUCCUCGAUAAUGUAAGUGAAACGUCAAAGCAGCAUCUUGGUUUUGUACAACUACAAGAAACGCUUUCGUUUGACAUGCUUGGGGAUAAAAAUUUGAAGGUUGGGAAUAUUCAUAGAGGUAUCAACAUCAUAAAGGAAAGGCUUUGUAACAAAAGAGUACUUCUCAUCCUCAACGAUGUUGAUGAACUUGAUCAGUUGGAGACGUUGGCAGGAGGGCAUGAGUGGUUUGGUUUUAGCAGUAGGAUCGUCAUAACUACUAGAAAUAAACACUUGCUAACCAGUCAUGGAGUUAACGGAAUACAUGAAGUCAGGGGAAUGGAUCAUGAGAGAACUCUUGAACUCUUAAGUAGGCAUGCUUUUAAGAAGAGGAAGAAACAUCCAAAAGCUUACCUUGCGCUCUCAAAUCGUCUUGUACGUUAUGCUGAUGGUCGUCCAUUAGCUCUUGUAGUAUUGGGUUCCUUCCUAUGUGGUAGGACAGAAGAACUAUGGCAAAGUGCAAUACAUAAUUUGGAAACGAUGCCGGACAAGAAAUUGUAUCAAAUACUUACAAUAAGUUAUGAUGCUUUACAGGACAAUGAGAAGAGUCUCUUCCUUGAUAUUGCAUGUUUCUUUGUUGGAGAGGACAAAUAUUAUGUUAUUAAAGUACUUGGAAGUAGUAAUUUCUGCCCGAUCAUCCGAAUUGAUGUUCUUACAGAUAUGUCUCUCAUAAAUGUAGACUUCAAUAGGAGGAUAAGAAUGCCCCACUUGGUAGAAGAAGUGGGUAAGGAAAUUGUCUGCCAGGAAUCCCCUGAAGCUGGCAAACGCAAUAGAUUAUGGUCUCCAGAUGAUGUUUUUCACAUUUUCUCCGAAAACACGUUUCCUACUUUGCCGUUCAAUUCUGGUCUGAAACAACUUGUUAUACUGAACAUGCCUCAUAAUCAUAUCCACCAAUUUGGCAAAGGAUCCAAGAAUUUUGAAAGAUUGAAGGUUUUGAACCUUAGUCACUCUAAAUUCUUAAGAAAAAUUCCUGACCUAUCAACGGCACCAAAUCUAGAGAGCUUACAUGUUGACCAUUGUACAAGUUUAACUGAUAUCCAUGAAUCUGUUGGAUUUCUUACUAAGUUGGUUAUAUUAGACGCUCAACACUGCAGCAAUCUCAGCACUGUUCCAAGUAAUCUGUCGCACUUAUCAGCUUGUGGAAACCUUGUACAUAUUCCAUCAAGCAUUUAUAAGCUAGUGUUUCUUGAUGUCCUUGAUCUUAAUUAUUGCACAAGUCUUUAUGAGUUUCCAAACCACGUCCAAGAAAUAGAUGGAGAUUUUGUUCUCAGCAUGUCAAAGCUUCAAAAUUGUAAUAUACCAAAAGAGGAUUUUCUUGUUACUCCUUUUAGUUUUCCCUUGCUUCAACAUUUGGUUCUAUCGGGUAACAAGUUUGCCACUCUUCCCUCUGCCCACAAGCUUUGGAAGUUUUCAGAUCUUAGUUUAGCUAAUUGUAUACUACUUCGGGAAAUUCCAGAGCUUCCAGAACGUCAAAUUAAUUUAAAAGCAGGUGACUACGAAUCAUUGGUCGAAACUGUAUGGAAUAUGAUGACCAAGAUAAUUCCCAAUGACAUGGGAUUCUUGAGGGACUCAGAAAUUGAAGUUACGCUUCCAGGACCUAAAAUUCCAGACUGGUUUAGCCAUAGUCUAUAA